UUGUCGAUUGCUUUCUAGCUUAGAGAAAAUUUUAAAUAUCUUUUCAUACAUGUUUGGUUCAUAGAUUAAUUUUUGACAAAAUUAAAUAAUGGAUGAAUAUAAUAAGCUGGACGAGAAUGGUAUUCCUAGGGGAAAUUUCUUGUACGCAACUCCAGUUCUUGCACCGAAUUCUUCUCCGUAUGGGAGAGCGAGUAGCGGCUCUAACGUGAGCAAUCAGCAGACCCAGAUGCCGUUGAUUUCUUUUCAGCUUCAAUCGAGCGAGUGUUAUCAAUCGGAGGGACACCAAAUUGUGAGAACUGAAGCUAGUAAUUCUCAACAUGGUCAAGAAAUUCACUACCCUUUGUUGAGAGGGCAGCAAGAAGGGAACGAAAGCUCAAGUGAAGCGGAAGUUAUCAAAGCCAAGAUCAUUGCUCAUCCUCAGUACAAUAACCUCCUGCAAGCUUACAUGGAUUGCCAGAAGGUGGGAGCUCCACCUCAAGUAAUGGCCCGACUAGCAGCUGCUCGACAAGAGUUUGAAGCGAGGCAGCGAUCUUCAGUGGCAACGAGAGACUCCCCGAAAGAUCCGGAACUGGAUCAGUUUAUGGAAGCUUACUAUGACAUGUUGGUGAAAUAUCGGGAGGAAUUAACGAGGCCAAUACAAGAAGCUUUGGAUUUCACGAGGAGGAUCGAAGCUCAGCUCAACAUGCUCAGCAACACUCCCGUGCUGAUCUUCAACUCCGAUGAGAAGUGUGAGGGUGUUGGUUCAUCUGAGGAGGAUCAAGAUAAUAGUGGUGGAGAAACCGAAGUAGCGGAAUUUGAUCCGCGUGUUGAAGAUCAAGAACUGAAGAACCAACUAUUGAGGAAAUAUAGUGGUUAUUUAAGUAGUCUCAGGCAAGAACUCUCCAAGAAAAAGAAGAAAGGGAAACUGCCAAAAGAAGCUAGACAGAAAUUGCAUAGUUGGUGGGAGUUGCACUACAAAUGGCCGUACCCCUCGGAAUCAGAGAAGGCGGCACUGGCUGAAUCAACAGGUUUGGAGCAGAAACAAAUUAAUAAUUGGUUCAUAAAUCAAAGGAAGCGUCACUGGAAACCCUCUGAAGACAUGCAAUUCAUGGUGAUGGAUGGUCUGCAUCCACAAAAUGCAGCUCUAUAUAUGGAUGGUCGCUUCAUGGGUGAUGGUUCUUAUAGUUUGGGCCCGUGAUAAUCUGCACUACAGCUUUAUAAAUUACCUGGCCUAGGCAGUACUAUAUAUAGUGUUUGUUUCAGUUAAGGUGUAACUUCACCGCUGUCUCAAUGUGUAAGUGUAUAUUGAGAAAGUUGGAAAACUUUGGAGCGGCUACUUAUGAUAUUCCUUUCGUACAAUGGAAUCCUCGACUUGCCGACAAGUAAAGGGGUUACCGACAUCGUGAGCUUGUCACCUUUCUAUGGUUGUCAUGUUAGCCGUU